GUUAUACACAGAAAAAAUUAUUCACAAAGGAGACUUUGAUGGUCGAACGAAGACACAAAAUUUAUACUUUUUUUUUUAAUGCUAUUAUCAUAUCAUGUUUAAUAUACAGAGUUUACAUAAAGUUCAGUAAUAUUUUAAAUGAUAAUUAGAAUAACAACAUGGUAAUGGUAAUUACCAUUUAAAGUGUUGCCGGACUUUAGUAAUAAUAUAAAUAUAUAUAUAUAUAUAUAUAUAUAUAUAUAUAUCAGUAAAACGGCAGUAAUCGAUCGUGAAAUAAUUUUCACAAAGAAAAUAUAUUGAUUUUCACUUUUGGUAGUGAAAAAACGUCUGUACGGAAAAUCUCACGGCAGCCGGAAGAAGGGACCAGAUAUAGAUUUUUUUUACUGCCAAUUAUUUAAAAAAACUUUGUUUUAAAUUAUAUUGAUUAUAUAGGGUAAAGUUUUGUCCGUUGUAUACCGUUCGAAUAUAAUUAUAAUUCAUUUAUUCUAAAAAUGCACAUAUAAAAUAAUCCUAAAAAAGCAAUAUAUAAUAAUUUUGAUCUCUUAAUAAUUUUUGUUAUAUGUACUCUGUUUAUACAUAUAGCUUACAUACUCAUUCUAUUUGAUUACGACUUAAAAGAUAUGGCAAAUUAUUCGGUAAUAUUAGAAAAUUAUAUAUAUGAACGCACGUUGUGUAUAUCUAAUGAUUUUUAAUAUUUAAUAUUUUUUUCUUAUGGAAAAUAUAUUACAGUAGACAACACAAUAUUGAUAACGAUAUAAAUACAUCAACUAAUAUAUACAGUUGAAAACCCUCGUCCGGCCACCGUAUUAAAUUUCUUUUGAUUUAAUCUAUAAAAAAAAUAUAAUCUUGCAAUUGAUAAAAAAUAAAAUUUUUUAAAUUACUGUAUAUCACAUAUACUUAUAUAUAUUUGUGAUAUAUUUGUAAUAGCAUUAAUAAAAAAGACAAGCGCAAGAAAGGUAAUGCAGACAAUAUAGUAGAUUAUUACCAAAUUGUACAAUUGUGUGAAGGGUUUCAAGAAUUUUAUAAAUUUAUGAAAAUAUAUAAAGCACAUUUUUCACGAGUAUACGUGGCACGACUUGAGAAUUACAUAAUAUAUGCUAGGCAAAUAAAAAGUAAAUAUAAUUGAGUGCCUAGCUAUAUCCAUUAUUUUUAAACAAAAUGAUGGUCAAUGCAUAUUUUUCCUUGUACGGGUAAGUGUAAGAUGAAAACAAAAAUUGCACAUACAUACGAGUGUUUGUAAUUCUGAAUGAUUCAAUAACGCGCGCGUGUGAUAUUUCUCUUAUAGUAAUAUUAAACUGAACUUUGUAACAUUUGUAAAAAACAAAAAACAAAACAAAAGAAAGAGCUGGACUUCUAUUCAUAUGGAAAAAAAACAGUAUAUUGAUAUACAAAUAAUUAAACAAUUCGAUUUAAGUUAUGCAUAUUUAAAAAUGGCAUAAAUGUCCCUUUAAUAUUUUUUGUAUUUAACUAUCAGUAUGGAUUUAUGAUAAUAGAAAACUUCGAUAAAUUAUCUUAGCAAAUAAUAAACAAUGAGAAUUAAACUAUGAUGAGCCGAUGCAAAAGUUGAUAUAUAAGUUCUUAAAAAAUAAUAAUAAUUAAAAGUAAUAAUAUGAUGGAGAUAUGUCGUAAUUGUUAAAUUGUAUUUGCAUUGGAUUUGUUUUCAUUGAAAGUACUUUCUUUUACUAUUUUCGUAUAUAAGUUAUCUUAUUUAAUUCAUAAUAAUGUUUUUCAAUAAUUAUUAAUAUGUAUUUUUACUGAAUGAUUACUUUGUAUUUUUCUGAAUGUAAGCAAACAUAAUAACAGUAGUAAUAAUAAUGAUUAUUAUAAUAAUUUUGUUUUAUAUCAACUUUCACAAAAUCAAAAAAUCUAUCAAAUUUCGACUCUUGUACUGACGGUCAUAAUACUUUGUAGUAUGGGUAUCCUGUUUAUUAAGAAUUAUUUUCUCUCAUAUAGAAAGACGUAUAGGCUGGCCCAAAUAUGGCUCUACAAAAUAUAUUAAAUUAAUUUUACUGAAAUGCAUUUUCGUAUUUUAAUAAAAUACGACAGCUUCAUAUAUAUUUAGAACAUAAAAUUUUAAAUAUAUCUUGGUUUGAUAUUUUUUGAAAUAGUCACUGACAUUGAAGUAAUGAUUUUUGGAUACAAAUAUCAUAAUAGUACCUUGAUUCUUGAAUUUAACCUUUUACUUUAUUAGAAAACACUAAACAUUUUUGAAUAAAAUUUUAGGAUAAAAAUUAUAGGGUCCACUGCAUGAUGUAAGUAAAUCGCGAAAAUUACCAAUUACUCUAUUAAUCAUUGCACAAAUUCUAAAUAUGUCAGGAUUUUUAACUUCUUUUCCUAAAUAAUGAAUCUAUACAAUAUAUAACUAUUUAAACAGUUAUUUCUAGUUCCCAUUGUAAUUAUUCUUUUAUCUUUCAAUGUUUUUAUACUAGUAUUUCAAUAGAUCGACAAGCAACAAUAUUAUUACUUUUUAAUUUAAGUUUUUUAUUUAUUUCUAACAUACUUUUUUGAUUGAAUUGAUGAUUUGAAUGAAUUGUUUCAAUAAUAUAAUACUUUAAUUCCUAUAAUUACUCUGUAGAUGUAACAUCCAAAGAAAAUUGGUUGAAAUCUUUAUAUUUUAAAUAUGUUAGAAAAAAAUAAUGUAGUGAUGACCAAUAGUUCUCUACAUCAGGCAUUUUUGUAAUAACCAAUUUUUAAUAUAAUUCCUGUAAAUGCAAAUAUUGAUAAUGAUCACCCCUUUUUUCCAGAUAGAACAAAUUUUUACAAAUUUUUCUUUGUAAUUUUUACCUUGACAUAUUUAUUCAUUCUUUUACAAUAUGUCCAAGUAAUUGAUCUGUGUCUGUAAAAAUUUGUGUAUAUUUUUGGAUCCUGUUGAGAAAUUUAUUUUUUGAAAAUUUAUAUCUUCUGUUACAAUUUAAUAUUAGACAGUAGUUUCUUUUACGUCAGUUAUAUAUAUAUUCUUCGAUUAUAGUUUUCUUUUAUAAACUAUAUUACUACCAUUAUCAGAACUACUAUUAAAAUUACUAUUAUUAUUAUAAACUUUAUAUUAUCCCAAAUAAAAUUCAUCAUUAUUACUUUAAAGAUUCUCAAAUUCAUUAUCAACUUUUCUAUGUGCCAUUUCAAAAUAAUUAUUUGCAAAAUGUUAGAACAAAAAUAUGUAUUAAUAAUGAAAAUUCAAUUAUAGAACGAUGUAAUACAAGAAUUAAAACUUCUUAAUAUAAGGUCAUUUCUGUUGUUCCCUGGUAAAGGAUAUGUAUUGGUUAAAAUUAUUUUUAUUUACAAAGGCUAACGUAUGAUCAAUUAUUACCUGAAAAUCCUAAUCCUAUCGAUUAAGGAUCUGAGAUUCAUAUUUUGUUCAGAAAAAUAUGUACAGUACAAUACAGAUAAGUUGCUUAUGCCAGGAAUAUAUCAACAUCUGACCGUAAAGGUAAAAAUGUUUUGCUAGAAUUAUCUUAGAUUUCAAUAAAAAAAAUUCUUUUUUUUUUUAAAUAAGUCCAUUGUUUCAAAUUAUUAAAAAUAAUAAUAUAUGGAUAUUAAAGUAAUUAAAAAAUAUUGUAAGUACUAAUAAAACAUUUUGUAAAUUCAUAUUCUUUAAUUCAAUUUGCGUACAUUUUACCAACGUUUAUUAUGUGCAAUGUUUGCAUGAACUUUCACAGGAUGAAUUCAUUUUAUUUGAGAAAAAUUCAUUUUUUAUUAUAUGAAAUGUUAUAUUUAUCAUUCCUCGGUAACUAGAAAAUAUAAAUAUAAAAGGAAGAGAAAAGAAAAAAGUAGAAUAUAACAAGAUACAUUAGCAUGUAGUAUAAUUAACGAUAAAAGUGCUGAAUUGAGUUAUGUAUUGGUGGAAAAAUGCUUUAAAACUGCCUUUUCUAUACAAUUAUGAAAACGGAUAAAGAAUUCUAACUGUAAUGAAAAAAUUUUUAUAAAAUUCUGAUGCAUUUAAAAAUUACACAAUUUUAAAAGAAAUAAAAAUGUCAGAAGUAAUCGUAUUAAGUGAUUCCAACGAAUCUGAUGCAUCGAUAAUUAAUCAAAUUAAUCCAGAAAUAGGAAAUUCUCAACAGGAUUCUUCAUCUGAUGAUUUUGAUUUUCCUGAAGUUCAGUUUGAUUAUAUUACUAAUAAAAAUAAUAUUACUAAUACGAACAAACCAUGUCAAAGACAAUACACCAUAAAUGAUAAUUCUAAAUCAUUGAAUGUUAUUUCAAAUGUUGAAACUAAUAAUGAAAUGUUUACAAGUACGCUUUCUAGAAAGAGAUCUUUUACGCAUGAUAUGUCUGAUUCUUUUGAAUCUGAUCGAUAUGAAGAAAAUAUUUGCACGAAUCAACAAUUGUUUAAAGAACCAAUAAAAAAGAGUAAAUAUAAAUUGAAAGAAGAACGUCGUAAAAGACAAGAGAACUUAAUAAAAGAAAAAGCAUUAAAAGCAAUAACAAAUAAAAAAUUAAAAAAUAUUAAACCAGGUGAAUGUAUAAAAUUUAUGAAAGUUAUUUUGGAUAAACGUAUAGAAGAAUAUAACUUUUAUCCAGAAAUUCUAGUAACAUUAAAUGAUACAAAUGUAUCAUAUAAUUUUAUCUCACAUUUAAUUCCUAAGAGUAUAACUUGGGAGAGAAGUAUAGAAAAAGAUAGCGUAAAUGAAAAUAAUAAAAUACACACGAAAACUAUUAAACAAACUGAGAAACAUAUAAUUGUUAUUUGGAAUUGGAAUGAGGUAGUAGAAAAAUUAACGGACGAUAGUUUUUGUACAAGUAUUUCUUAUAUAAGGACUUUAUUGCCAGAUUAUAAUAUGACCUUAGUUAUUUUUGGUAUACAAGGAUAUUUUCUAUAUUAUAAGAAAAAGAAUAAAUUAAAAAACAAUAAGGGUUCAGGAAGUAAGUCAUGUAAUAAGAUUGAAGACUUUAAAGUAUAUAGGGAAUCUCCAGAAAUUUCAAAACAACAACUAGAAAUGUGUCUUGCUGAAAUUCAAAUAAUUAAUAAGUGUAAUAAUAGACUUAUUGAAAAUGCAUCAGACUUAGCAUUAAUGAUUUAUCAAUAUACUAAAGCUAUUGCAGAAAUACCAUAUAAAUUAGAAAAGAAACAACAUUUUGACAAAGAAUAUAAUUGGUACAUAGCAGGAGAUAAUAGAGACACAGUACGGGUAGAUAAAGAUGGAAAUGGAUUGAAAAGAUUAUGGCAACAACAACUUUGUCAAUUUAAUUUGAGUAGCCUGGAAAUUGCAGAAGCUAUUUGUUCUGUAUAUAAAAGUCCAGCGCAGUUAGUUGAGGCUUAUAUGAAUUGUACAUCUACAGAUGGUAGCAAAUUAUUAAAAGAUCUUCCUAUUAGAAGAGCAGUAAGACCUCUUUCAACAACCAGACGAGUUGGUCCUGAAUUAAGUAAAAAAGUUCAUAUCAUGUUUACUUCUGAAAAUGGUGAUAUUUUGCUUGGUAAUGAUUAUUAAAGAUAUAUUUUUUAUCUGCAUUAUCAUUUACUAUGAAGAAGUUAUAGUGAAAUAUGAUGAAUGUUUAUUACAUUAUAAGAUUUUUAAUUUGUGUAUCCAUGCAAUACAUUGUACAAAUUUUCAAUAUAUGACUACACAAAACAUUUUUAUAAAUUUAUAAUGUGUAUAUAUUUAUUAAUAAAUUUUAUAACACUUACU